ACUGUCCGUCUGCGUCCUGCUCCUUCAGGGCGCUUCCUCCUGAGCCAGCGGCAUCAUGGGAGGUUCCACGUCCUCCCUCGCUGACGGGGCCGAGGGGGACGAUGCCCCCCCCCGGGGUGCAGCUCUGCCCCCGUCCCCCAUCAUGGGGUGUUUGAGGAGCAGCCAGAGCACCUCCCUCCCCCGGCAGGUCCACAGACCCAGCAGACACAGAGAACGCAGCUUCUCCUCCGGCUCGGUGCCGGUGCCGCGGACCCAGUGGGCCUGCGUCUGCUGCACCUUCCUCAACGCCGCCGCCGCCCCCCGCUGCUCCAUCUGCGAAGCCCCGCGGCGGAGACCCGACAGCCACAGACCGUGGUCUCAGGGGACCAGCAGCGAGGCUCGCUGGUCCUGCCCGCGCUGCACGCUGACCAACCCCCCCGACAGCCCGGCCUGCUCUCUGUGCGGUCACGUCGGCGCUCUGGACCAGGUCCAGCCUCGGCCUCAGCGCUCCAGCAGCUGCUCCGGUCCCCUGAGGCCCUCAUCCGCCGAAAACCACCCGGAGGAUCCCGUCAUGAAGGUUUGGGAGUGUUUGAGGUGCACUCUGCAGAACACCCCUACCACCAUGUCCUGCUCUGCGUGCGGGGGACCACGCAAACUGUCCCUCCCCCAGAUCCCCCCCGACGCCUUGCUCAUGCCUGACAAUCAAACGGCAGUCCAGCACCCAGAGCCGGCAUCCGGGGCGCUGUCCCUCUCCAUCUCAACCGGAGGGGAGUGUUUACCGGUGGAAGCGUCACAUCCAAACCCAGGCGGGGCGUCUUCGGGUCGUAAUACCCCCCUCCCCUGCAGCCGCAGGGAGGUGACCCCCCAAGAAGGUGGCCCCAGUCAAACUCUGAGUCCGUCCCCGUCCACGCUCGCUGUCUCGCAUGUCCCCGCCCAGCCGGAGUCGCUGGCCGGCCGACGGCUCAGCGUCCUGAAGGAGGAGAUGUCCCCGCUGUCCCCCGCACCGGACGCCUCCGCGUUGUUCCCGCCGUGCGUCGCCCCCGGCAACGGGCCGGCGCAGGAGGAGUGGUCGUGUCCGGCGUGCACUCUCAUCAACGAGGUGAAAGCCAAUCACUGCGCGGCGUGCCACACGCCUCAGCGGCACGCGGCGCAGCCGAGAGCGGCGCCGGGCUGCAGCAGGAAGGAGAGCAUGCUGGUGGAGGCGCUGCGGCAGAGCGACGAAGGGGAGGCCAAGGAGCUGUGGGAGAACAUCGUCAGCUUCUGCAGAGAGAACACGGUGACGUUCGUGGACGACAGCUUCCCUCCGUGUCCCAAGUCCGUGGGGUUCCCGGAGGACGACAGCGUCCAACAUCGGGUCCGAAAGUGGCUUCGCCCUCGAGACAUCAACUGCUGCAGCGCCAGAGACCGCGCCGUGAAGUGGUCUGUGUUCCGCACGCUCCGGCCGUCCGACAUCCUGCAAGGGCUUCUGGGUAACUGCUGGGCUGCCCAGAGGAAGCAGCUCUGGGUGGCUCUGAUUGAGAAAGCUCUGGCCAAGCUGCACGGCUCCUACUUUGCGCUGCAGGCGGGUCGCGCCAUCGAGGGUCUGUCCACGCUGACCGGGGCCCCCUGCGAGUCCCUCGCCCUCCAGGUCAGCGCCACCAACCCCAAGGAGGAGCCCAUCGACACGGACCUCAUCUGGGCCAAAAUGCUGAGCUCCAAAGAAGCAGGGUGGGUGCCCGGGACCGGCUCUGGAGACGCUGACCAGCGUCUGACAUCUGCUUCCUGCGUCAGGUUGCUGCAGCUGAGGAACCCGUGGGGUCGGUUCUCCUGGACCGGCAGCUGGGCGGAUGCCUGGCCGAGCUGGCCCCCCCACCUGAAGAGGGAGCUGUGCGCCCAGCGGGCCGAGGACGGCCUGUUCUGGAUGGACUUCUGGGAUUUUAUCAGGUGGGUACUAUUUUGACAUUCCGUGUACAUCUGUAAGAUUCACUCGGACUGGCAGGAGGUGCGAGCGGCGGGCGUGUUCCCGCGAGGAGCCGACGUCCCGGUGACGGUGGUGUCCAUCACGGUGCUGGAGAGGACGGACGUGGAGCUGGCUCUGUUCCAGCAGGGCAGCAGGCGAUGGGACACGGCGGAGAGCCACCUACUGGACCUGUGCGUACUGUUGUUCCGAGUGUCCUACGACAGCUCGGGGGCGCCGGCGCUCGGCCGCGUGCUGGCUCACAGCCGGCGCUCGGUGAGGAGGUUCGUGGGCUGCGACGCCAUGCUGGAGCCGGGAGAGUACGCCGUGCUCUGCUGCGCCUUCAACCACUGGCACAGCACCGGCCCGCCGGCCCAAGCUGUCGGCGGCCGACCGGAGGAGCCCGGGUACACGCUGGCCGUCUACAGCUCCCGGCUGGUGGUGGUGGAGACGGUCUCGGCCUCCAACACCGUCAUCGCCGACGCCGUCAUCCAGCUGGCGGAGACCAGAGGAGAGAGACACGAGGGUCGAGAGGGCAUGACGUGCUACUACCUGACGCACGGCUGGGCGGGGCUCGUCGUCAUGGUGGAGAACAGACACCCGAGACACCACCUCCACGUGUCAUGUGACUGCAGCGACAGCUUCAACGUGGUGUCCACGCGCAGCAGCCUGAAGACGGUGGACAGCGUCCCGCCUCUGCACAGGCAGGUGCUGGUGGUGUUGUCCCAGCUGGAGGGAAACGCCGGGUUCUCCAUCACACACCGGCUGGCUCACCGGAAGGCCGUCCAGGCGUCUCUGGGGAACUGGAGUCCCCUGAAGGCAACACACAGUCCUGCCCUGAGCCCGGAGACAGCAGGUCUGCACCAGCCGCGCCCCCUCUGACGGGGACUCAAGACCUGGUUCACACCAAACACAUGUCCACACGGAGGCAGCUUCUUUAACCCUCAUGUUGUCCUCAUGUUGUCCUCAUGUUGUCUUCACGUUGCCCUCAUGUUGCCCUCAUGUUGUCCUCAUGUUGCCCUCAUGUUGUCCUCAUGUUGUCUUCACGUUGCCCUCAUGUUGCCCUCAUGUUGUCUUCAUGUUGUCCUCAUGUUGUCCU